AUGCCCCUGAUUUUAGCCUCCCACCAGAAAAGAUUUCCUGGACAUUGGAAAAUUCAUGCCAGAGAGAAAUCCCAUAAAUGCAAUGAAUGUGGAAAAGCUUUUAGUCAGAGCUCACAACUCAGUCUACAUCAUAGAAUUCAUAAUGGUGAGAAACGAUAUGAAUGUAGUGAAUGUGGCAAGGCUUUCCAAUCCAGUUCCUAUCUUAUAGUGCAUCAGAACAUUCAUACUGGAGAGAAAUCCUAUAACUGUAAGGACUGUGGGAAGAUCUUCCAGUAUAGCACUAAUCCUACCGUACAUCAGAAAAUUCACAGUGCAAAGAAACCUUAUGAAUGCAGUGAAUGUGGGAAAACCUUCCGCAAGCGAACACAAUUUACUGUCCAUCAGAGAAUUCAUACCGGAGAGAAACCUUAUAAAUGCAAUGAAUGUGGAAAAGCUUUUAGCCAGAGCUCACAGCUCAAUCUACAUCACAGAACUCAUAGUGGAGAGAAGCCUUAUGAAUGUAGUGAAUGUGGGAAGGCCUUCUGCCAGAGUUCACAACUUUCUGUACAUCAGAGAAUUCAUACUGGAGAGAAACCAUAUAAAUGUAGUGAAUGUGGGAAGGCCUUUCGUCAAAGUGAACAACUGACACUCCAUCACAGAAUUCACAGUGGAGAGAAACCUUACAAAUGUAAGGAGUGUGGGAAGGCCUUCCGAAGUAGUUCACAACUUACUGUCCAUCAGAAGGUCCAUACUGGAGAGAAGCCUUAUGAAUGUAAGGAAUGUGGGAAGGCAUUUCGGUGUAGCUCAUACCUUACUGUCCACCAGAGAAUUCACACUGGAGAGAAACCCUUUAAAUGUAACGAAUGUGGAAAGGCCUUCCGUCAGAGGGAACAACUUACUCUACAUCACAGAAUUCAUAGUGGUGAGAAACCUUAUGAAUGUAUCGAAUGUGGCAAGGCUUUCCGUUAUAGCUCUUACCUGAUAGUACAUCAGAGAAUACAUACUGGAGAGAAACCUUAUGAAUGCAAAGAAUGUGGGAAGGCCUUCUGCCAGAGUAUACAGCUUACUCGGCAUCAGAAAACUCAUACUGGAGAGAAACCGUAUGAAUGUACUGAAUGUGGGAAGAGCUUCUGUCAAAGAACAGGACUCACUGAACAUCAGAAAAUUCACACUGGCGAGAAACCUUAUGAAUGUAAUGAAUGCAGGAAGACCUUUCGAAAUAGUAUACAACUUACUCAGCACCUGAGAAUUCAUACUGGAGAGAAACCCUAUGAAUGCAAGGAGUGUGGGAAAGCCUUCUGCCAAAGCUCCCAACUUUCUGUACAUCAGAGAAUUCAUAGUGGAGAGAAGCCUUAUAAAUGUCAUGAAUGUGGAAAGGCCUUCCGCCAUAGUGCUCACCUUACUCUACAUCAGAGAAUUCACAGUGGAGAGAAGCCUUAUGGUUGUCCUGAAUGUGGGAAGGCCUUCCGAAGUAGCUCACAUCUUACUCUGCAUCAGAAGAUUCACACUGGAGAGAAACCUUAUGAAUGUAAAGAAUGUGGGAAAGCAUUCCGCUGUAGCUCAUAUCUCACUGUCCAUCAGAGAAUUCAUACUGGAGAGAAACCUUAUAAAUGCAGUGACUGUGGAAAGGCAUUCUGCCAGAGCACACAACUUACUCGACAUCAGAGAAUUCAUCUCUGAAGUCUUUUGAAUAGUAAAUCCUUAUGGAAGUAGACUGAAGAAUUUCUGCUGAUUUUAGCAGUUCAGACUAUUUUAAAAAUUCACCUAAAGCAGAGCCUUACAGAUCAUACUAUUUAUGAUUCUUGGCAUUUAUGUAAAAUUUUUAAUUUUGCAAAGUCCUUUACAUAUGUAACACCCCUCCUGAGGCUAUUUUCCCACCUCCCAUGAACAUUGUCCAGCUGAGACCCCCAGAAGAUGUCUGACUUUUCAAGAUCAUAUGGGUAACCUUGGAGGACUAGUUUUGAGUACUAUGAUCAUUUGUGAGAUUUUCAGACUUAAUUACAUUUAAGAAAGGAUAUUUACUAAAUGGGUAUGGCAAAUGCAAUUGUUACACAUUAAGAAUUCUCCCAAACUGAGGCUAUUCCAGGCCUUUGAUCUCCUAAGGUCCCUGAGGGGGAGGAGGAGCUCAAACUUGGAAUCAAGUGAAGGGGAGAUAUGUCAAGGGAUCUCCUGUGUCCAAUGGUAAGAUCAGAGCUCCUAUUACCAGAAAUUCUCUCCUGUGAAACCCUCAUGAAUUUCCCUUUUGAUGUGCUCCAGCUGGAGAGCUUUUCUUGAUUUUGGUCUUCAUUGCGUCUUAUCCACUGGUGGAGGCUCAUGCCUCUGGCAAACACUCCAGGCUUCUGAACUUCACAGGCUUCAAGGUUCCAGCCUAACUGCUUCCAUCUCUGGAGACUUUUUCUCAGCAUGUUGUUUCUGACUCCUAGCUGAAUGUAUUGUUUCCCCUCCCCACAAAAGUGAUUCCUUUUCAGGGGCCUCACUUCCAGAGCGCCUGAAUUUGUCACUUGACUAAUGGCUCCGAACUAGCUCUCCGUCUUUGUGUGUUGCUUGACUUUAAAUCAAGGUAUUUCCUUGGAGGUGUCAUGUCUUUAGCUAAUGACCCGAAGUCCCUACAAUUUUUUCAAAUUAAGA